CGAAGAUUGAUCAUACAACUUUGCCUACCAACAAUGAAGUUCCUUGUGAAGGUUGGUGAACGAUUUGAUACUGGACAUUGGUAUAUCAGGAUCACCUACACCAACUGUGACAUGGUUGAAAGACGAUAACCCUAUUGUAGGAGCGACAGAAUCCAAUAAUGAUGGUGUGGCCAAAUUGGAAAUUCAAAGUGCCAAACGUAGUGACGCAGGAAAAUACCAAAUUAAAGUGGAUAAUGAGAUUGAUUCAGUCACAGCUGACAUUUCUGUAAUUGUUUGUGAGGCCCCGAAGAUUGAUCAUACAACUUUGCCUACCAACAAUGAAGUCCGUGUGAAGGUUGGUGAACGAUUGAUACUGGACAUUGGUAUAUCAGGAUCACCUACACCAACUGUGACAUGGUUGAAAGACGAUAACCCUAUUGUAGGAGCGACAGAAUCCAAUAAUGAUGGUGUGGCCAAAUUGGAAAUUCAAAGUGCUAAACGUAGUGACGCAGGAAAAUACCAAAUUAAAGGGGAUAAUGAGAUUGAUUCAGUCACAGCUGACAUUUCUGUAAUUGUUUGUGAGGCCCCGAAGAUUGAUCAUACAACAUUGCCUACCAACAAUGAAGUCCGUGUGAUGGUUGAUGACCUAUUGAAACUGGUCAUUGGUAUAUCAGGAUCACCUACACCAACUGUGACGUGGUUGAAAGAUGGUAACCCUAUUGUAGGAGCAAAAAUAUCCAAUAAUGAUGGUGUGGCACAAUUGGAAAUUCCAAGAGCCAAACGUAGUGACACAGGAAAAUACCAGAUUAAAGUUGAAAAUCAGAUUGAUUUUGCCACAGCUGAAAUUUAUGUAUUUGUUUAUGAGGCCCCGAAGACUGAUCCUACAAGAUUGCCUGCCAGCAAUGAAUUCAAUUUGAUGGUACAGGUACCAUUGAGGAUAAACGUAGGGCAAACUACAGUGACUGGUGUGAAUGAACAUAACCCUAUUGGAAGAACAACAGUUUUCAAUAAUGAUGAUUUGGCUAAAUUGGAAAUUCCAAAAGCGGAACGUAGUGACACAGAAAAAAAACAAAUUAAAGUGGGAAAUGAGAUUGAUUCAGACACAGCUGGCAUUUAUGUUUUUCUUCGUGACAAGCCUGGAGCACCUGGUGUACCUAAAUGUAAGACAACAACAGAGGACAGUAUAACUUUAUCUUGGACACCACCCAAUAGAGAAGGAGGUAGCCCAGUCACUAGAUAUGUCCUGGAGAGGGGAGAGAAGGGUGAUGAUGUAUGGGAAACAAGAAGUUAUUCUGUCAACCAAGUCACUGAGUUCACAGCAACGAGUUUGCAAGAGGGUAAAGAGUAUGAGUUCCGUGUAGCAGCCUGCAAUAAUGCCGGAACUGGAGAGUUCAGUAACUAUUCUGAACCAUUCAAGGUUCAGUCACCACAAGAUACAAAAAGGAACAUACAGGAUUCCUGUAUUUUUGAUGGUCGAUUGAUACUUCUUGAUAGAAACCAGAUAAGAACGUUAGAGAAAUCAUUAGAUAAAGAGAUAGGAAAAGGUCGAAUUGGUACAGUUUACCGUAGCAACAAUAAAGAAAUAUUUGGUAUUACUGUUGCUGUGAAGAAGAUAAAAACAGAGGAACAUGCAAACCAAAUCAGAAGGGAGAAAAUUGUGUCCAGACUCAUGAACCCUUUUUUACUGCCGCUGUUAGCUGUUGUUGAAAAGUCAAAUGAAGAAUGUUGGUUUAUAACGCCUUAUUGUGAAAACGGUGAUCUCUAUGAUGCUAUUAAAAGAGGUGAAAAAGAGAAAGAUAACAAAAACAAUACAGAAGAGAUCAGCAUAAACAAUCAGGCUACAAGAGUGAAGAUUUUACUGCAUAUUGCACUAGCGAUAGAAUAUAUUCAUACUGAAGUUCCAAACGUCAGAGGUCCAAUUCUUCAUAAAGACAUUGCGUCUAAAAAUGUUGUGCUAGAUAAAUAUCUAAAUGCCCGCCUUGCUGACUUCGGAUUGGCCAGAGAAAAGGAUGACGAUAUGUCGACCUUGGGAGGAAGAAAACAUUAUGAUCAUCCUAAAGUAGGGACUGGAUGUGAUGAAGACUAUUUUGAUUAUUAUAACUUUGGAGUCAUUAUUCGGGAAAUGUUGACUAGCCUGGGACCAGAAGGUGAAAAAAAUCAUUUCUUAAAGAAAAUGGACAAUGAUCAGAUUGAGAAAAGACUGGAUAAAAAUGUUUGGAAAUGUAAGGAAACAAGAGACAAGUUAAAAGAAUUGUCACAGAAGUGCUUGAAGGAAGAUGUUGCAUGGAAAAUCGAAGAUUUUAAAUCAAAUGUGGUUGAUACAUUACGGGUCAUGUUUUCGGAAUUCAGUUGUGAUAUAUUUGAAAAUAGAGGGGAAAGUACAUGUCAUCAAUGUAUCAUUAAUCCAAUCGUUUCAACUGAAAAAUCAUCCUUGACAAAUGAUUAUGACAACUGCCGUCAAAGGAUACAAGUGUGCAUGGCUUGUGAAAAAAAUAUUUUUCUCAAUCCAAUAACCUGCUAUUGUGGUGCAAAAUUGAAAAGUGCGAUAGGCUGUAAUUGGGGAGCAUUACUUGUUGCUGGUGAUGAUGAAAGUCCGGAUAAUGCUGCAGUAAUGAAGAGAGAAAUACUAGAGUUGGAGAGAUUAGUUACGUCACAGGCACCACGCAUUAUUGGCAUAAGACAGCAAAAUGUGAAGACGGUUUUACCCAGUGAAAACAAUAUAGAAAAAAUGUCAGCAUGGAAGCAAAUUCAAAAGCAUCUUGCUGCCUUCAAUAAGGAUGAGGAGAUCAAUACAUUAUUGAUAUACUUCUCAUGUCAUGGGGAAAGCUCUGUUGAAGGGAACAUGUUUCAUCUUGGGCAGAAAGAGUAUAUAUCAGCGGAUGACUUUCAAAAGGAGUUAGACAAAUUGAAUAGAAUUAAUCAACUGAUUAUUUUCCUCGAUCGUUGUUUUCCUCCAAUGGUAAAAUUUACAGAUAGAAUGUUUAUUCAGAUAAAUGCAUGCAGUGAUAAAGAUGCGGCAGUUCUAAAAAAAGAAGGCAGCUGGUUUACAAAGUAUGUUAUUCAAGGACUGAAAGCUAGAUCAGAAGAAAGAAAAUGUUCCAAGGACUGUCAGCAUUGUGUCGACUAUUGGAAGCCGAAAACAGAAUACAUCUCUGUCUUUGAUUUGUUUGAUUACGUUAACAAGCACUUACAACGAAAGGCACCUAAACCACAUUGGCAAGGCAAAGGUGUUGGGGAAAAUAUAGCUUUUUUCACAGAUGAAGUAGUAGAAAUAAGAUUUACGUCAAAAGAUGAUAAAACAGAUGCACGUCUGCCACUCGGGUAUCUUAAACACUUUGAUGAAGUAAAGGAAAGACUUUUUGAGGCUUUCGGAGUUGAUCAGAGAACGCACGAUGUCAAAAUACAGAAAGAAACAUUCAGACAGGAUCAACCAUACGACGACUGUGACACCUUAGAAAGGGUGAUGCAGGCCUGGCUUCAAAGACUUCCACUCGUGGUCACUUUCAGUGCUCAAAGCAUUAAUUAAGAAAAUGUAGGUCUGUUAUGAUGAGACGUUCUUUAAAGACUUCAUCUAAUGCUUUUUAGAAGAAGAGAAAGAACAUGUUUUUUUUAUUUCUAAAACCAAUAUAGCCUUUGUACUGUACUUUUUGGUGUGUAUGUGUGUGUUUGUGUGCGCGCAUGUGUGCGUUUGAAUUUUAUAUAAUUUACAUUCUGCUUAACCAGUCCAAACUGUUAAUUUUUUUCAGAGGUUGAAGCCUUAAUUUAUUUUGGCUGUUUUUUGUGUUUUGUUGUGUGUUUUUUUAAAUAGGAAUGUGGCCUUAUUCAAGAGCCACUGCUGAGCCGGGGCAACGCUCGAUUAUUUUUACUUUUUCUAAAAUCAAAAAAAAGGUUGAAACAAAUUUUAAACAAGAUAAAAACGAAAAAAGUUUUUUUUCUUUAAUUUCAUUAUAUCAAGUCACACUUGUUGUUUUGUCAAAGUAUUAAUCUUUUCAAUAAUGUUCAUUGAUCAAUUUUGCAUCAAACUGUACACAUGCUCUUAAUUUCAUAGCUGUAAUCAACGGCAAGAAAGUAGGUCACUUCUAUAAACUAUCUUGAUCAUCUGAUACAAAGUUCAAUCAUACAUCUAAAACUGUGGUCAUGGUCUGAUUUUCAUAGCUGUCACAUCACAUCAGAGGAUAAGAAAUUAGUUCACUUAGUAAAAAUCUAAGUCAGCUGAUAUCAAAGUUUAAUUAGUCCCCUACCGGUUUACCGGAGGGGACUUAAGGUUUACCCUACGUCCGUCUGUCUGUCCGUCCGUCCGUCAGUCCGUCUGUCCGUCAGUCAGUCAGUCCGUCCGUCCUCAAAACUGGAUCUCGCGAUAACGCAAAAAGUACUGAAAAUAUUUUAUGAAACUUGAUAUAUGGAUAGAUGGCAGUAUGGAGAUUAUGCACGUCUUUUUCUUUUCUUCCUAUGUUGAAAAUUCUGGUUGAUAUGGCAACAAAUAGACUGAAAAUAUGGCAAAUUUUACACAUAACCUGGAUCCCGCGAUAACGCAAAAAGGACUGAAAAUAUUUUUAUGAAACUUGAUAUAUGGAUAGAUGGCAGUAUGAAGAUUAUGCACGUCUUUUUCUUUUUUUCCUUUGCUGAAAAUUCUGGUUGCUAUGGCAACAAAUAGACUGAUAAUAUGGCAAAUUUUACACAUAACAUGGAUCCAGUGAUAACGCAAAAAGUUAUGAAAAUAUUUUUAUGAAACUUGACAUAUGGGUAGAUGGCAGUCUGGGAAUUAUGCACAUUCUUUUCUUAUCUUCCUAUGUUGAAAAUUCUGGUUGCUAUGGCAACAAAUAGACUGAAUUUCAAGAUUUCUGAUUCUAGUUUUUAAGUUUUUUCACUAUAAGUUCUUUAUUUCUUAACGUAAUAUCUUUAAACUUUAAAUAUAAGUUGCUAGUCAUCAACCACAUCAUAUGUGACAAAGAUUUAAACUGCAGCACAAAAUUUAUCAGAAUUACUUCCCUUGAACUUAAAAUUUUCAUGAAAAAAAUAUUGUUUUUUUUAAUAACUUCUUUUUUUCUGAAUGUAUCUACUUCAAACUUCAUAUAUAUGUUUCUUAUUAUCACUCAACAUUUGUGAGAAAGUUCAAUACUCUAGCAAGACUAUUUCCAGAAUCAUGCCCCUUUUGAACUUAGACUUUUUUUCGAGAAAUUGGUAAUUUUUACUCCAACUUCUCCAAUCAUGAUAGGAUUUUCUUCAAACUCCCACAUCAUAAUAAUAUGACAAGGUUUAUAAAUCUAGCAUCCAUUUUUCCAGAAUUAUCUCCUCCUUAAACUUUUAAUUUUUCUUAUUCGUUCUUUUAACUUUCAUUUACUUCAAAAUCAAAAUAAACAUUCAUUAUUCAUACCUUCAUUACUAAUUGUUCUUUGUUACACUCACAUCAUGUAUGACAUCUUGCAUCUUUAUUUCAAGAGUUAUCUCCUUUUUAAAAAAUUUGCUUUUAAAAAUGUUAUAUUUUGAUAACAGGGAUGUUUAAAAAUACAUAAAAACUGUUUCCUGUGAUCACUUUUAAAGAAAUUUUUCAACAAAUUUACUUAAAAAAGAAACAUAAGUGAAUGGCCAAUACUCACUGCCCUUCAGAAUGUUGCUGGGGUUCUAACCGGUAGGGGACUUAUGGAUUGCUUGCAAUACUAUGAUAAUUGCUUGUUAAAUAUCUGAAACUGUGCACAUGGUCCAAAUCAUCAAAGGCCAAAAAAGUAUAUUAUUUCGUCAAAUUAUCUAGGUCAGGUGAUAUCAAAGUUCAGUUCUACAUCUAAAAUUGUGCACAUGGUUCAAAUUCCAUAGCUGUAAAUCUAAGGGCAAGUAAGUAGGUCACUUUGUCAAUUAUUUAGGUCAGCUUUGAUAUCAAAGUUCAAUUGUACAUCUUAAAACAGUUCACAUAGUCUAAAUGUCAAAGCUAUAGGGAUAAAAAGGAGAAUUUCAUUAACUUGACAUCAAUUGAAGGUCAAAGUGAAAUUUACUGUACAUUAUUUAAUGUUUGUUUAAUAGCAAAUCUUGUCUGGUCCAAUGAUAAAUCAAAUCCGUAUGUAUAUAUUUAACAAAAUCAUAACAAUUUAACCAAAAUUCAAUAAUUUGACAUAAACGAUCAGUAUGGUCAUUUCAGCCUUUUUGAAGGCCUUGUUCAAAUGUUGAAGGAUGAAGUUAAUCCAUUUGUUAAUUACCAUGCUACUCUUCGGAAGCAAAAGUUAGUAAAAAUUCAAUAAGUUAACCUUCAAGGUCAAGUCAUAAAUGACCCAAAACUAAAUAUUUGAUUUAUUUCCUUUUCAAAUGUGUAAAAUUGAUAUCUUGUGAAGUCAUAUUCUAUUACAGAUUAAAGAAUUUUUGAUUUUCAAAUGUAAAUCUUUUAGCCGUCAGGUUAGCUCAGUAGGUAGAGCGUUGGACUGAUCAUGAUUUUACAGCAUUCAUUCGCACUGUUCCUCUGUUCUGGCAUGUACAAAGUUAUCUGUUCCUUGCGAAGAUGGAGGUAACUAGUACUGGUUAACUACUUGUCAGCAUGCCCAGGAAUGAUGCAUGAUGCGUUGGCUGCACUGAGCUCUGGUAAAAUUGAUAAUGCUAUAUGCCGUGAUCCAGAGUGAAAUAUAAAAUUUGGAACUUAAUUCAUUAAGUAAAUUAGGUUGGCUUUCUGUAUUUACCUUUUUCCAUUCAAAGUUUUAACUUUUUAGCUCACCAGAACCGAAGGUUCAGGGUGAGCUAUUAGUAUCAAAGGGGAUGGUCCGUCGUCCGUCUUCAUACGUCGACUUACAAUCAUCUUCUUCUCUUAAACCGCUGAACAGAUUUACUUUAAAUUGGGUCUGUAGCAUCCUUGUGACAGUCACACCUUAAUUUGCUCAUAUCAUUUCAAUUGGCCUGUUUUAGGGGUCUAUAGAGCUAGAAAUAUAAAACCUUUAGACAUCUUCUUCUACAUAACUAAUCGAUGGAUGAUCACAAAACUUUGUCUGUAGCAUUCUUAGGUAGUCUUUUAUCAAAUUUGCUCAUAUUUAUUUGAUUGGUCCCUUUUUAUGGUCUCUCGAGCUAAAAAUAGAAAAAAAAAUUAAACAUCAUCUUGUACUGAAGUAAAUGAUGGAUGAUCACCAAACUUGUCUGUAGCAUUUUAUGUAGUCUUUUAUCAACUUUGCUCGUAUUAAUUUGAUUGACCCCUUUUUAGUGCCUCUAGAGCUAAAAAUAGAAAAACCUUUAAAUAUCAUCUUGUACUGCAGUAAAUGAUGGAUGAUCAUCAAACUUUGUCUUUAGCAUUUUAUGUAGUCUUUUAUCAAAUUUGCUGAUAUUUAUAUGAUUGGCCCCUUUGAGGGGCUGCUAAAGCUAAAAUGCCACAGGCCAUGGCAUUCUCAAAUAUGAUGAAAAUAUUGAUAAUUGCUGUACAAUUUUAUUGUAAAUAUAAAAUGAACAUGUUUUGACUUAAAAACAAAGAAGAUAUAGAGGAUAUUUGUUUAGUUCAGUGUAAGAUCGGAAUAUUUUUCACCGAGUGAGCACCAAAAGGUAUAUUUCACGAGUGGCGCAGCCACGAGUGAAAUAUGAACUUUUGGUGUUCACAAGGUGAAAUAUAUUUUGAUCUUACACUAAACUAAACAAAUUUUCUUUUUAUUAUAUGCAAAGAAACGUUUUAAAAAGACAUAAAACCUAACAUUGAAUUAAAAGCGCGCCAAAUAAUAAUACAACUUGACGUCAUUUACGACGUCACAUCAUUAAGUUGGUACCCAGUACUGUGCACGCUGGCAUUUCACUGAAACAACGUAAUGGGCUUAAACUCAAAAAAGUGAAAUUAUCAAAGUGGUAAUUUCACUGUUUCAAACAGUGAAAUUACCAGUUUUAAAUCACUGAUAUAUUUCUAUAAACCAUCGAAAAGCAUGUAAUUAAUGUUUAAAAUUGUAUACACUAUAGGUGAUCACAAUAUAAAUAUAUAGUGUCAGAUUUUUAAGACCAACUUUUUACUUGACCAGCUUCCCAUACAUAGUUUAUUCAUUCUUUUAUUCACACUUGACAUAUUCAGUAAGAAUUUAAUAGAUUUCAAUAAGUUUCUGUGAUUUAAAUACUAACUCAAGGAUGAGCAAAGUAUAUCUUUAAUGAAAGACAAACAACUUAUCUUGGAAUGUCUUUCAUACAUGUGAACAUGCUAUGCAAUUUUUAUAUAAAAAAAGAUUCAAUAGCUGGGAAUAAUAUCUUCAGCACAUUAUAAAGACAUUAUGAUUAACAACACCCUGUAACUUUUAAAACGUUAUAAUGAUGAUUUUAAAUCGUAAAUGUUUAAUUCUUUAUUGAAAAGAUAAUAUACAGAUAUGUAUUACAAUAAAUGCUUAAUUUUUUUGUUAAGUAAGAAUACUUAACAUUGAAUCAAUAAUUACACUAUGUGCUUUGUAUCUGAACAGUUAAAAUACAUGUAUAUGCACAUUGUUUUUCAUUUGACAUGCUUAAAUAAGACCCUGACCCAAAACCUCACUAGACAUGCGCUAUGGCAAAGUUUAAUUGUUUAGUAAAUUGUAGGCAAGUGUACAGUAAUUUUCCUAGGAAAUAUAAUUAGGCUUAAAGAAAGAUUACAUUUGUUUUCUGUACCUAACCAACAAGGAUGAGUUUGUGUGCUUAAUUUAUUUUAUUGAAUUUGUUAAAAUUGUUGUAUUUUUUUCAAUUUUUGUUGAAUUGGUUUCAAACUUUGAGAAAGCACAUUUCAAGAAAUUUUGGGACACACUUGUUUAACCUGAUGUUUCAUGUGCAUAAUUGAAUUUUAUAAUCAGUUGAGCUGUUAUUGAUGUUUUUGAAACCAUAUCACCUACCUUCUUGUUUUUUGAUAUACAGACUUGAAAUUUGGAAUAAAGACAUCAAAAGACUACUUUUGAUAUAAAUGAUAUCGCUUGACCUAGUUUCUUGUUUUUUGAUGCACCUACUUGAAAUUUGAACAAGGGGUUUAAUUUCUGAUCCUGAAUUGAAUUUUUAUAUCAACUGGCCUACUUUUGAUAUUUUUUAUGUCACUUGACCUACUUUGUUGUCAUUUAUGUACAGACUUCAAAUUUGGACCAGGGUGUCAUUUCUGAUGUUGAAUUGAAUUUUGAUAUCAGCUGACCUACUUUUGAUAUUAUUGACAACAUUUGACCUACUUUCUUGUUUUUUUUGACAUAAAUAAUUUAAAAUUGGACCUGGGGUGUCAUUUCUGAUGCCGUAUUGAGUUUUGAUAUCAACUGACCUGCUUCUGAUAUAAUAGAUAUCAGUUGACCUACUUUCUUGUAUUUUGACGUACAUACUUAAAAUUUAGACCAUGGGUGUAAUUUCUGAUGCCAUAUUGAAUUUUGAUAUAAUAUGAUAUACUUUUGAUAUUUUUUAUAUCAUUUUACCUUAUUUCAUGUUUUUUGACAUACAGUCAGUGAGACUUGAAAUUUGGACGAAGGGUGAAAUUUUUUAUGUUGAAAUCAGCUGACCUACUUUUGAUAUUUUUGACACCAUUCUAACUACUUUCUUUUUUUGACAUACAUACUUUAAAUUUGGACACGGGGGUAUUUUCUGAUGCUGAAUCCAAAUUUGAUAUCAGUUGACCUACUUUUUAUAUCUUUGAUACACUUGACCUACUUUUUUUGACAUACAGGUUUGAAAUUUGGACAAUUUGAACCAUGUGCCAAAUGGAAUUUUUAUAUUAUUUGACCAACUUCUGAUAUUUUUACAGCAUUUGACCUACUUUCUUGUUUUUUGACAUACAUACUGGAAAUGUUAACUAGGGUGUAUUUUGUGCCAAUUUUAGUUUUGAUAUCAGCUGACCUACUUCUGAUAUUUUUUAUACUACUUGACCCAUUUUUGUGAUUUACAGACUCUAAAUUUGGACCCGGGUGGACUUUCUGAUGCUGAAUCGAAUUUUGAUAUCAGCUUGCCUUCUAUUGAUAUUUUUACAUUGUUUGACCUAUUGUCAUUUUUAGUACAGUUAUUGAAUUGAAUUUUGAUAGCAGCUGACCUACUUAUGAUAUUUUUUUUAUAUCAUUUGACCUACUUUCUUGCUUUUUUAGCACAGACAUGAAAUUGGGACCUAGGGUGUAAUGUCUGGUGCUGAAUUGAAUUUUGAUAUUAGCUGACCUACUUUCGACAUUUUUGAUAUUAUUUGACCUACUUUCUUGUUUAUUGACAUACAGACUUGUAAUUUAGACAAAGAGUGUUAUUUCUGAUACUGAAUCGAAUGAAUUUUGAUAUCAGCUUGCCUUCUAUUGAUAUUUUUACAUUGUUUGACCUUUUGUCAUUUGUUUGAGGUACAGUUAUGUUAACAUAUAGAAUGUAUAAAAAUCUGUUGUCCAAAACUGUAAACUUCAAACAUCUACACCUUACAUAUUAUACAUAUUUUGUGUAUUCAUUCACAAAAGUUAUAAAAGAUUGUCUCAUCAAAAUUAAUCCUGCUCUAUUGGUCAUUGAUUCUGCUUUUAUUCUACAAAGUGUCAUAGGAACACACUUGCAACAUUAAUAUUUUUAACAAAACAUUUCCAAAAUAUUAGGACAAAAUGUUCAAUGUAUAUAGUGAACAAUGAAAUGUUGGGAUCUAGGGCCAUCUUAGCCAUAUUGUUUAUUAUGAAGAAGAAAAGAAACAAUCAGUGUUGUGAAAGAAUAUAACUAGAGGGGCAAGUUAAAAGUGAGCUUGACUUGCCUUUUGGCAAGUUUAUUUUGAAAAUAAUUACCAACUCUGAAAAACAGUUGUUUCUGGUGAGCGACUCAGGAUCAUCAUGGCCUUCUUGUUAACUUUAUUCUCUUUAAUAUGUUUUGAUUUUAUAAUGUGCACACUUUUGAUAUUUUACAUAUUAUGUCAUAUAUUGUUCAUUAUAAUACUAUAUUUUAAAUAUCUGAGAUCUUUGAACCUUUCUCUUGUUUAACAAAAUUAGUUUGUCCGAGGAUAAUGUAUAGAAUUAGGAACUAGAUAUUGUUGUCUUAGUUAUUUAGUUAUUGUUCCGUAAUUAAAAUUUUAGACGUUAGUUAAAAUUUAAUAUAGUUGGUUUUAGAUAUUCAACCCAAGGUGACAAAUGCUUUUAUUCAAUCAUCAGUCAUGGCUUUUAAAUUAUGCCGCAAUUCAGUUUAAAAGGACUCUAAGGGGGGUUGCGUUCAUUGAACGCCGCCCUUCCUUGUUGAUCUUGUUUAUCAUAUUCUAAAUAUCAAUCAAGACCUUGUCCUCAGACUUUCAAUGCUGCUUUUCUUGACGAGAGAGACUGGUCACUUUCCUUACUUAUAAAAAGUUUGCUCUGAACAACUGGGUAAAACAUAAUGACAACUCCUGGAAAACUAGUAGUCAUACAAUUAUUUUUUGGACAAUGCAUUUUGUUACAUCAUAAUGCUAUGUCUACUUGUCCAUCGUCUGUAAAUCAUCAACUAGAUAGCCUUGGAUAUAGUUAUUUAUGGAAUAGACUAAACCUUGAUAUAAUUUUUUCGCCAAUAUUAAAGUAAAGAAUGAACGAUCAGUACUUAUAAGUAUGGAAUGAUACAAUAAUGAAUUAGUCCAAGUUAUACUACUAAACAAUUUAAUUCUGAGUUUGAAUAUUAGAUAUGUUUACUAAUGAAUAUAGAUCUAUUUGUUUUGCUUUAAGCUUUUUUUGUAAAUCUUCUUGAAAUAGCAAGUGGAGGAUUUGAUACAAACCUACGAGUAUGUUAACUUACAAGUAUUAAUGUAUUUGCGCUAUGUAAAUUGUGAUAUCAUAGCCAUCUUUUUAUGUUGUAAAUGGCCAAAGGUAUUUUGUAUAUGCCGUUUAUAUGCCAAUAAACUAUAAUUAAAUACCCCAAAGUAUGUAUUUUAAGUUAAAAUAUUGCAAUAUUAUUAUAACUUGUUAUAAAUCGUAUUGUAAUUGGAAAGGACUAUCCAUCUUAUUUUUUCACUUUCACAAAAUAAAUCAUUUUGUCUAACAAA